AAAGAAUCCCACUCCCUCUUGAAUUCCUCUCGCAUCUUCGCUCGCCUAUACUGGCCCUCAUCUACCCCGGCAGAAGUCCAUCGCUUCUGCGCCUGCGGGCGAUAGAGCUCCUGAAUCCAUUAAACUUCGACCUUGUCUCGCCAUCGUGAUCCUCCCUCUCCUUGUCUAGCUUACUCGCAAAUCGAACGACCCAACUACUGCGUACGACCGCCGCCCUUCACCCACACUUCACCCACCCCCCUUCCCCUCAGUCGCAAUGAGUCACUCCGUCCCAGACCUUGACGCCGUCGGCAUCAAAGCCGAGCCCGACCUGGCCGAUCAAUUCCGUCGCGAAGUUGCCAGUCUCCUUGGCCGCAACAACCUCAACUUCCCCGGCGCACAACCUGUCAGCUUCUCCAGCCGCCACUUGACCGAGCUCCAGCGCGAGGACUACUAUGUCUGCGAAAAGACCGACGGCAUCCGCUGCUUGAUGUACUUUGCGCGCGGGGACCCCGAAUCCGGGAACGCGGAAAUCCACUACCUGAUCGAUCGCAAGAACGACUAUCGCUACGUGCCGGGCCUGCAUUUCCCGCUACCGGACGACGACUCCUUCCAGUCGUUCCAUGUCGACACUCUGGUGGAUGGCGAGCUGGUGAACGAUACCUACGAUGACGGGUCGCACCAGCUGAAAUACCUCGUUUUCGACUGCCUGGUGCUGGACGGACAACCCCUGAUGCACCGCACGCUGGACAAGCGGUUGGCGUACUUCAAGGAGAAGGUGCUCAAGCCCUACAACGCGCUGUACCAGCGCUUCCCCGAGGAAAAGCAGCACCGUAUCUUUGCCGUCGAGGACAAAUCCACGCAGUUCAGCUACGGUAUCGAGAUGAUGUUCCGCGAGAUCAUCCCCAAGGUCAAGAAGAUCCACGGCAACGACGGCCUCAUCUUCACCUGUCGCAGCACCCCGUAUCGCAUCGGCACCGACGAGCACAUCCUCAAAUGGAAGCCGCCGGCCGAGAACACCAUCGAUUUCCGCCUGCGGCUUGAGUUCCCAACCCUGGAGCCCGACUCCGAUGACGAGGCCGAGGGCGUCACCGAGCCCUUCUUGGACUACGACGCCCUGCCCAUCUUCCAUCUGUUUGUCGGCCUCAACUCCAACGAGUACCGUCCCUUCGGCGAAAUGUUCGUCACCCCGGCGGAGUGGGAGGAGAUGAAAGCGCUCCAGCAACCCCUUGACGACUCCAUCGUGGAGUGCUCCAAGGACGAGCAAGGGCGGUGGCGCUUCCACCGUAUCCGGGACGAUAAGGCCGACGCGAACCACAUCUCCACUGUUGAGAAAGUCCUCGAAAGUAUCCAGGACCGCGUCACCGAGGAGGACCUCAUCCGCCUCGCACCAACCAUCAAGACCGCGUGGAAAAGACGCCAGGCGCAAAUGAUGGCCGAAGACGAAGAGCGCAAACGGAGGGCCCGACAAGCGCCGCCUAAUGUGAACGGGAACGGUGUGAAGAGGAAAUUCGAAGACUCGUAAACUUCUAUGCCUUUUUCUACUUUUUUUUAUCCAUUUCGAUCUUCACCUUUCCCCUUUCAUCCCCUCCUUUCCUCUCCUUAUCCAGAGGAAAUCUAGUCAUUUUUAAAGAUCGCCCAAGACUCAAGACAUCAUCAACAUCAUUUUUAUUCUUCAUUACUCCAUAGGUUGGGAUUUUGCGAGGUGUUUGGCGUUAUUAUUGAUUUAUUUUUUUAUUCUCUUCUCUUACACCGGAGGAUUGCAGAAGAACACGCGGCAGCAUCAAAAAAAGGAUUGGAACGGAAUGGUGGCUGGGGAUAUGUACAAUGUGUAAUUUAUGAUGCGAUGGCUAUCCUUUUUCAUAUUCUAUCAUGGCUUCAGCGAAGAAGCCCGAGAAGCUUUCAUCCUUGGGUAGGGACUCAAUGCAUGGGCAGCAGAAGCAACCAUACGGAAUCGGGCAUUUCUGUACGACAGAUUUCAAUGCAAUUGCU